CAAAAUUUGAGGUUUGUAGUGUACCCGUUGGAGUGCCGUUAAACGCACUUGGAGCCCACGGACUGGGCGCAGGCGUGCGCAGGGCUGAGACCAUUUUCACUUAGCGGUGCCGCACAACUGCAGCAGGAUGAGUGAAAUGCUGGUCGUGAGAUGGCCGGAGCACUCCGUCGAGUUGCGAAGAACUUUCACGGGUAUGCGGGAUCUUGGAGAACUUCUGGACGUAACCCUGGUUACGCCAGACGGUGAAGUAGAGGCUCAUCGUCUUGUACUUGCUGCUUCAUCUGAAUUGCUUCGUGCUUUACUGAGAAAAACGGCUACGACAUACGGCCCAUGUAGUUUGGUCUUCCGUGAUCUGAACAUUGGUCAGCUUGAGUUAGUAUUAGAUUUUAUAUAUAGAGGAGAACUGGCUGUCGACAGGACUCAGUUUGAGUUGUUGGCUAGGGCCUGUGAUUACCUUCAAAUUAAGGCGUCGUUAAUUACUGAAGAGGGCAUUGCAGUUGUCGAUCAACGAGUUUUCGAAGAGGAAGAGAGCGAGGUGGUUCCCUAUGAUGCAGUACCUGCUAAUCAGGGAGGUCAUGUCGUUGGAAAUAAACGGAGGAUGAGCCAGGGGGCUGCGGCAGAAAUUCAAAACAUGGAACACGUUGAGUCGCAUGCGUUGGAUGUUAAUGACGAGUUUCAAGUGAUCGAGCUAGUGGAAGAAUCGCGUCCGAGUUCAUCCGGAGCAACGACUGGCUAUAGUACUCGAAGAAAUCGGCAAGAGUACGCCAAACGAGCUAAACUUACGACAGUCGGCGACAAAAAGAUUUUUUCACUAGACGAGCAAGCUCCCACCCGUGGUGCAGAUGAGAAACCUGUUAAGCGAAUCUGUCGCGAAUGUAGCUUGGUGUUCAACUAUCUAAGCGACUAUAAGGAACAUCGCAGGCAGGUCCAUUCUCUGCAAUGUAACCAUUGCAACUUUCGCGCGACGAAGUCAUCGGCCGUAAGGGAUCAUUUUGAGAAGGUUCAUCAAAAUGUGCGUCGCUUCAGCUGUACUGAGUGUGAGUUCCAGUGUAAGGAUCGAGCAACCCUUUACAAUCACAUAAGAAGACACACUAAUGAGAAGCCAUACGGUUGCGCGUAUUGUGAUUACAAGGCAGCGCAGUCAGCAUCAAUGAAGCAGCAUGUUGCCCUACACGAAAACAUAGAAUCACGUCCGCACCGAUGUGAUGAAUGUACUCGCUACCCGAUAUCGUUCGCCUCCAGGUCAGCACUAACGAAGCAUAAAAAGGCUCAUCACAGUGGAGAAAAGGGCCAAAAACAGCAGCCAUUGGUGAUGAGCUUAGAGAUAUUUAAGGACGCGGCCGGCGAUAGCGAUGAUGUCGUCUCCAAAGUCGACGCUGGACCCACUGGAGUUGCCGUACAUGCUGAGAACCAGCAGGAAGAAAGCGCUGGAUGUCCCUUAGUUAAUCGAGCGUCGGCACAAGGAACGAGGGCCGGGUUGAUUGGGAUUAGCCCUAGCGUUGACAGGAGAAUGAGGGUUUCAGCUGGAAAUUUGGAGCAACUAGCAAUCGAUGAGGAGGGCCAUCAUCCUGAGGAGGAGAUGGAAAGCGAGGAAGUUGUCCAUCAGGGAGCUAGGGUGGAUGCGGCCAGUUCUAGCUCUAGAACAAUUGUUCCUGUUGCUGCUGAUCAUGACGACAAUGACGAGGAAGCGAUUGACGAUGAAGAAGAAGAUGGAGUUGAUGAAGAGGAUGUUGACGACGUUGACGCAGAGGAAGAGGAACCUGCUAGAAGAACUACUCCUACCAGUUCAGCUGGUGUUAAGCGAGGCAGAGCAAGCCCCAUAGCAACACAAGUACGUGCCACAGCUCGACCGAAUGUUCAAGGGCAUGUAGUCGCAGCCACAACAGUAACAACUUCAACAAUAGCCGGUCCGCGUCAGGUGCCUGAUAAUUCCCCUGUGCACUAUCACGCUCCCUCUAACGUCGCAAUUAGGCAUGGGUCAACCGUGACCGUAAAUGAUACUGGAAACUCUGGCACCCAUCAACAUCAUCAUCCUUCGGACCAGCCCCAACAACAACAACAACAGCAUAUUCAACACCCACAGCUUCACUUGAGUGUUGCUCCUGAUGUGCAUACAGGCCAGACAGGAGCUACGCAUAAUGUGUUAGGGCAGGCCAUUGUCUCUAGCAGUUCAGUGAUCCAUCAUCCCAGCACAGUCGUCGGGCCUGAAGCUGUUGUCGUCCCAGGUGGGUCUUUGAAUACAGGCCUGUCCGUUCCGACAAAUGUUGCCAGUGUGACAAUGGUUACAGCGAGUAAUCACAACAACACCGCUGACAGAGCAAACCGGAGUCAAGACGAUUUGGGAGCGCACGCUAGUCUACCAACAGCAGUUAAUGUACACGAUCGCGUUGUUAUGACUUCUGAGGCGACAAUACCGGUGCAUAUGGUUGGCGAAAUUGUUGCCGGCGCAUCGACAACAACAGGAUCUGUGGGCGGGCAAAUGGGGCCAAUGGGACUGGUUGGACAGCCUAUGGACUAUCACACGAGCUCGAGUGGAGCAACAGAUGAGACAUCUCCGAUUAUCGUUGGUGGGGCACAGAUAGAUGCGGCAACGAAAGAUCGACCUAGUGGAACCCAUAUUGUGGGCGUACCCGGUUCUGAUGCUAUGCAACUUCACGCUAUGAUGUGAUUCGGAUUACUUUUGGACGUACUAUAGCAUGUGGGGGUAACUUAGAGAUAGGUAUCCGUAUAGUGUGCCGUGUUUGUGUCAGAACAAGAAGUAAGGCAAACCCCUAUCUCCGAUUUGAUUGUUUACAAGUAUAGUAUAAAUACAACUAUUAGAAGAAUUAACUACGCGCGAGUUCCCAGCGUGUACACUGCCAUUGCACGCUAUAAUUUUGUAACUACUUUAAUAAUUAUGUAAAUACCCCGGUCCAGUCUAAGUCGCCAAAGUUGGUCUACAGAUUGGCAUGUAUAGAAAAAUCGCAGUAUGAAAUAAUAGGCUUGAUGCCUUUCAAUGAUGAAUUCAUCACCGAAGUCAAAACUACAAGGGCGAGUUUCAGAGCAAGUUUGUGGGGUUUGUGUUCGACUGUUACUCCUGAUGAGCGUGCUUGGCUUCAUCAGUUCAAGGGAUACAAUAUUGUGUGUAUAUAUGAGUCAUCGGAAUUGUUUUUCGCUUGCGCACACCCUUAAAUUAUAACGUUUUGAAACACUAAUUGAAAAAUGUUAUUAUAAUUUUUUUCAUUUCUUUAGUGUCCUUGCUGAAAUACAUAUAUUGGCAUAUAACUCACAUUAAAAUUAUAUUGUUACUAAGUUACGGAUAUUUAAUUUCAAGCGUGUUGCGUAGAUUACGCAUAUUGUUGAGCCAUGAUUACUGUAAAACGAUCUUGGUUGUCACGCAAAAAAAUAGCUUACUUUUUUACUUGAAGGUUUCAUUCGUCAAAACUGUCUAAUAGAAGAUCGCGUCAAAUGAAUAUACCUCUGUACAUAAACGUGCAUAAAUUUGCUUAGAUUAGGGCUGAUUAAAGCCCUGCUAAUAACUACGCAUACUACUUAACUCAUUGAAAUGAAGAAAAUAAGUAUUAAAGCCUUUCAGUCUAUACGUGAUCGUAUUUUAAGACAGUGUGCUAGUAUUUAAUGGCACUGAAUUAACCAAAUCUCAGUUGAGCUUUAUUACAACUCGAUAAGAGCUUAGACCAUCUUGUUACAAACGUGCUUGAAUUCGCUCGCGAACAUUAGUUU